AAGGCGCUGCGCAUUCAAAGACCCCUUUUCUAUCUUAGAAAUUUUGCUAGCAGCGGCAAAACGCAUCUUCUACUGCGUGGUGGUUAGUUGCUCCCGUUGGCAACAUGAUCAGUGUGGCGUAGUUUAUUGAUUGUCGGCCGGGGUCCGCUAUGGCGCAGAGGGAAACCUUUCGCGAGCGGCAGGAAAACGAACUAGAAGUGAUAAAGUCUAUUUUUCACGAUGAAGUAGAAGAUCUCCGUCCUAAAGAGGGAAAAUGGAAACCGCUCGAAUUGCAGCUGCACCUCACCCCACAGAAAGGUUCCGCCAAGAAAGCAUACGUGAAGGCAAACUUGCACAUAAUCUGCAAUCCUAAAUAUCCCAAGUACCCACCGAAGGUGGAAUUGAAAAAUGCCGUUGGACUUUCGGAUAGUCUGGUGCGGGAGCUCACCGACCAGCUUCAGAGGCAGGCGGAUGAGCUGAAGGGAGAAGUGAUGAUUUACGAGCUGGCCAACACGGUACAAACCUUCCUGCACCAGCACAACGUACCACCGAAGGGUAGCUUCUACGAUGAAAUGCUGGCCAACCAGCAGCAGCAAGCGCUUUUCCGCCAGAACACGCUGCAAGCGGAGGAGAACCUUAAACGACAGGCCAUACAGGAUGAGUUACAGCGACGAAAGAAGGAGCUAGCACGGACGAGGCGUGAAUCGCGCCAGAGUCUGAACGACUCGAGUCCGCUGCACCGGCUGCACUCCAGCUCCUCCACCGAAAACAGUGAUGGAGUCUUCUGUCUCGAACAUCGACGUAGCGAGUUGCUUUACUUCCGUGACGGAAGGAAGGUCCUUAGAGGGGCCUGCUUGGGUCAUUCCCAGCGUGGUUGCAUCACGUACUCCGGGAUCGAUCAGCAAAGUGGUGAGCUUAUUUAUCUGACUGAAUGGACCCUCCACUACGACGUCGAAUCGUUGGAGAUCAAGUUGAUCCGGGGCCGAACAGUGGACACGGUUGUGACCGACAUCGAGCGGUUAGUGGAAAGCCUAACGCCACUGCGACACAAACAUCUGAUCACCUACGAAGGAGUGCUGUGCCGGAUAGGCAAGGAAGCGCUGACAGUUUUCGUGGCGCAAGAGUUCAUCCUGGGCACGAGUUUGUUCAGUAUUUCCGGUUCGCUCGGGUGGAGUGUGGAGGGAGCGAGUAUGGUGGCCAAGGGUGCACUGGAAGCGCUAAUCUACCUCCACAACAAUGGUGUCUCACACGACAACCUCUCCGACUCGACCAUGUUUAUGGAUAAUGCCGGAAUGGUGCGGGUCGCCGACUUCCGCCUCAUACCAUACAUUCAGGAGCUGGGCGACGGUCAACAGCUGCAUCAAACGGUACGCAGCCCCGAUCUGCCAGCGCUGGGGAGUCUCAUCGAAGCGCUGCUUGCGCCACACUCGGAGAUGAAGGAUUUCAUAGAAAAAUGUAAAUCCGAGCGUACCAUUUCAGCCACCGACCUACUCGAUCAUCCGUUCCUACGGACAAUUCUGCUGCACACCGAACACCCAGGUGCCGUGGGGCAAAUGACGACUGUAGGCGCGCAGAAAACUCAUGCUUUAGAACGAACACAUCAAAACGGAGCGCAACAACAACCGCCGAGUCCGUAUAUGCCACUGAUAAUGAACAACUCGCUCACGGCCGCCGGCAAGUCGCGCAUCCAGAUGGAGUUCGAAAUCCUGUCCUACCUCGGCAAGGGUGCGUACGGCGAUGUGCUAAAGGUGCGCAAUAUGCUCGAUAACCGUGAGUACGCCAUCAAGCGUAUCCGGCUGCCGGCCCGCAGCAAACAAUUCUACAAAAAGAUGACUCGCGAAGUGGAACUACUAUCGCGGUUGAACCACGAGAACGUUGUCCGCUACUACAACAGCUGGGUGGAAGCGAUCAGUGCAGCGGAAAUAGUACACGUCGACACGGUGGACGGAGGAGGAGGAGGGGGCGAUAUGGCCACAUUGAGCAGUUGCGAUUGGUCGGUGGGCGGUGGGGCGAGUAUCCAGGGGAAACGACGACGUCCGGCGAACCGUGGCCAGAAGGCACGAGCACCGUUGAUAAAGAAAGGUCUUGGCGACAAUGGGGGGAAUACCGAUUGGAUAUUUGAAAACUUCAUGCCCAAUGAUUCCAGCAGCGACGAUGAUGACGAAGAUGACGAAGAUGAUGAUGAUGAUGACUCAAACGAUCUAGAUGAAGAGGACGAGGAGGAGGAUGAAAGUGGAGGUGGUGGAAGAAAAAACGCCAGCAAUGAGGAGGAAAGUUCCGGUGGGAUAGAGUUCGUCGGAUCGAACGGUGAGGUGGCUUCGUACAGUAACUUCAACGAUGGAACAUCGGCUGCGGAAAACGGCGGUGCAAAUGGAAAACCUACACCGGCGAGCGCACCGCCCGAGGUGCUCUACAUGUACAUUCAGAUGGAGUUCUGUGAGAAGAGUACACUUCGGACGGCGAUCGAUGCCGACCUGUACCAGGACGUCGAUCGCGUGUGGCGCCUAUUUCGGGAGAUUGUGGAGGGGCUCAGUCACAUCCAUCAGCAGGGUAUGAUCCAUCGGGACUUGAAGCCGGUCAACAUCUUCCUCGAUUCACGCGAUCAGGUAAAGAUCGGUGAUUUCGGGCUCGCGACAACCAGCAUCUUGGCGUUACAGAACCAGAGUCAACCGAAUGGACCCUCAGGACAACUCGUCCAACUGGCAAUCGGAAAUCAGAAGGCGGUUGGAAAAUCGUCCGACAUGGGAUGCUCGCUAACGGGAAAGGUAGGGACGGCCCUGUACGUCGCACCGGAACUAACGGGGAACGCAUCCCGCUCCACCUACAACCAGAAAGUCGAUCUCUACUCGCUCGGUAUAAUUCUGUUCGAGAUGAGUUCGCCUCCGCUGAGCACCGGCAUGGAGCGGGUAAAAACGUUGAUGGAUCUUCGGUGCGAUCCGGUUCGGCUGCCCGAGUCGCUGCUGGUCGACGGGCGCUACUCCAGGUUGGUGCAGGUGAUCCGUUGGUUGCUGAACCACGAUCCUCACAAACGUCCGACGGCGGAAGAGCUGCUCUCCUCCGAGCUGGUUCCACGUACGCGCCUCGAGGCGGAAGAAAUUCAGGACGUCGUGCGGCACAUUCUAUCCAACCCGCAGUCACGCCAUUACAAGCAUCUGAUCGCGCGAUGCUUCGCCCAGGAAAGCGAUCCCAUCUGUGAGCUGAGCUAUCACUUCGAUAUGGUUCCGAUGGUACCGAUCCUGCCGCGGUUUGAUUACGUGAAGGAAAAGGUGAUUGCGCUCUUCCGGAAGCAUGGUGCGAUCGAGGUCGUAACACCACUGUUGACACCGUACACGAAGCACCACGCACCCCGUUCCAAUACCGUGAAGCUGAUGACACACUCGGGCAGUGUCGUGACACUACCGGACGAUUUGCGGCUACCGUUUUUGCGCCAUGUUGCGCUGAACGGCAUCCGAAACAUUCGCCGGUACUCGGUGGGACGUGUGUACCGGGAGAAGAAGGUUUUCAACUUCCACCCGAAGCAGGUUUACGAGUGUGCGUUCGAUAUUGUCACCCCGAGUAGAGGGUAUCUCAUCACGGACGCGGAAUUGCUCACCAUCGCCAUGGACGUCAUGAAGGAGCUCAAUCUGCACCAGAAUCGUAACGUAUUUUUCCGACUCAACCACAUCGGCCUGCUGCGGGCAGUGCUCAUCCACUGCAACGUCCCGGUGGACAAGUACCGCGAGCUGUUCGAGAUUGUGGCCGAGUUUUUGGACGAAAAGAUCUCCAAGUUUCAGCUCUGUUCGUUGAUCAACGCGCAACUCGGUGGGGGAGGUGCAUCCAACGGCGGUGGUGGGGGAUCGACCAAAGUCAACGUUGGUUACUUGUGUGACGCGCUGCAGCUGGAGCUGUCGUCGGUGGGGCAACUGGCUGGAAGCAUACUUAAGACGAUCAUACGUGGCAAGGGAGAAGCUGCCAGCCUGGCGAAGGUCGCCGUUCGGGAGCUGGAAACGGUGGUUACGCUGGCCCAAAACAUGGGUGUCCAAUGUCCGCUGAACGUGUGUCCGGGAUUGCCGGUAAACUACGAGCGUGCGAAGACGGGCGGAAUCGUUUGGCAGCUGCUGGGAGAGUUGAAACCGAAGCGAAAGAACCCGCUCACGACGAUCGCCGUCGGAGGUCGUUACGAUGGAAAACUGCUUGAAUUCCAGAAAUCCGGUAUAAACAAUGGCCUGCAGGUGCCCAAGGUGGAGCUGAGUGGGGCAGGGUUUUCCUUCCUGCUGGAUAAGCUUGUGAACGCGAUCGCUCCGACGGCCGGUUACGAACCGGUGCAGGUAAUGAUCUGUGUCACCGGCUCUCGGCCGCAGCUGAAAGAGGUCGCCCACAUCCUGCGCCCACUUUGGUCGAACGGUAUCAAGACGGCGGUGGUCGAAACGAGUGCCGCCACCGUCGAUGACCUCGGGAAGGAAGCCGGUGCAAACGUGGUCGUACUGCUGGGCGAUGGAGGCGAGUUGCGUGUACGAUCGUGGGAUAACGAUCGCUUCCAGGAACGGCACGUCACACGGCCCGACCUGAUUGCCUACGUGAUGCGCACCUUCCGUAGGCCGGACGCGGCCCCGGAUGAGGUUAUUUCGCAAGCGCUUCAAAAUGUCACCCUCGGGUCCGCCUCGUCCGUUUCUUCGUUCUCGACCUCGUUCACAACGUCGGCCUCUUCAUCCUCGGUGAAGCUGAGCUCCACCACCGGAGCGGCCAACGUGUCCCAGUCCGGAAACGGCACGCCACCGAUCGAUCUGGUGUUUCUCACCAACGAAAAGGUUAACCCGAAUAAAAAGCGCCGCUUUGAGCACCAGGUCGAGCACAAGCUGUCACCCGUGCUGUCCAAGUUUCACCGCAAGGAAAAGGUGACGCUCAUCGUGGUGGACCUACCCAGUUCGCCACUCCGCGGGCUCGUCGGCCUGAUCGAUCCGCUCGAGUGUGGAUUCCAAGAGGAGGACGACGAUGCAACGGCCGGAUCGACGAACGAGCGGAUCGAGCUGCAAAACCUUUGCGACCGCUAUCCGAAGUACAGACGGCAGCUGAAGGAAAUCUACAGCGAGAUUGUCGAUCUGUUCAGCCAGGACAAACGAACCACACCGAUCGUCGGUGUGUACAGUGUGGUCGACACUUUCUGUCGGCUGAUUUUGUAAACUCAUUUGAUAUGUGCCCUCCUGCCCUCUCGAACAUACGAUGUGCAGUUUUAUAUUUAUAAUUAUGUCGCUUUAAACAAAUGUGCAUGUGCAUAAAAUGUUAUUAUUAUAAAAGAAAAAAAAGGAAAAACAUUUUUAAAAUGAUUUCAUGU